AUGACAGGAGAAUAUGUUUAUCUUCCGGAGAUGGAUUUUGGUGAAAUAUCGAGACCUGAGGUGCUCGGUGGAUUUGGUUAUUGUCAAUCUAAUAAUGAGUACAAGGUCAUUCAAGUUACCUAUGAGUACAACCAAUUCGAGCAGUUGGGAAGGGUUCAGGUAUACACACUUGGUAGUGGCAGCAGGUGGAGAAACAAAGGGGAAAUGCAUUACACUAGUAAAGAAAGAUUGGUUUUGGCGAACGAGGCACUUUAUUGGCUAGAGAAUAUUGAAGAUGAAUGGAACCUCAGAGCUUUUCAUUUAGCAGAUGAGACGUUUGGUACUGUCCCAAUGCCGCCUUGUCAUGAUGUUGUCCGCGGUUACAUACAACUUGUGUCCUUGAAUGGUUGUUUAUGUGUUUAUCAUGUUACAGUUGAAAGGUGUUCUGAACAAGAGGACGAUGCUUACUAUCGUAAGGAAGAUAAACGCAUAGAUAUGUGGAUAUUAAAGAAAGUGCACAAAAAGAAUAACGUACGCUACUCCCCUGUGGACGAGAAUGAUGACUCGAACCUUUGGGUUUGGAUCAGGGAGAUCAGUAUGAAAUACAAAACUGAGUUCCCUGAUUUCAGGCAUUAUGAGUCAUUUUCCAUAACAAGUAACAAUCAAGUUUUGAUGUGGGAGGUCUGUGAUGUGCAAGGCUAUAAAACACCUAUCUGUUAUGAUCCUAAUACUACAAUAACAAAUUAUCUCUGGAAUACUGGUGUGUUGUAUGCUCAAGCAAUUCCCCACAUGAGUAGCUUUGUUUCAUUGGAAGAUCUUGGAGAGAAGUCUGCGAGGUAG